AUGGAGCCGGCAGGGCGCCAAGAGCUCAUCUCGGCCCAUCUGGAUGGCUCAAAGUGGACCAAGGCCUCGUCCAAGGUCACUGUUACCACCAUCAUCAACACUCAGUGCAUCACUAUUGGUGAUGCCCUGCGGGAUAUGGACUCCAGGGAUGUCAUCUCGGGCGACUUUGUCCUCGUGGCCGGCGACGUCGUCUCCAACCUCGACCUCCGCCCCGUCAUCGCCGAGCAUAAGAGGCGCCGGGAGGCCGACAAGGGCGCCAUCAUGACUUCGGUGUACAAAAAGGUGGCGCCGUCGCACCGUACCCGCUCGCUCAACGAUGACGUCAUUGUCGGGCUCAACACAGAGACGUCCGAGGUGGUCUACUUCUCGUCCGAGGUCGAGUCGUCCAAGAUUGAUCUCGACGUCCGGCUCUUCACCGAGGUGCCCAAACUCGAGCUCCGCCAUGAUCUGCUGGACACCUUUAUCGACAUCUGCGCACCCGAGGUGCUCAUGCUGUUUUCGGACAACUUUGACUACUCGGACUUGCGCUCCGACUUUGUGCGCGGCAUUCUCGGCGCCGAGAUUCUCGGCAACAAGGUCUUUGCCCACAUUGUCUCCUCGCACUACGCCGCCCGCAUCCAGUGCCUCAAGACCUACGCCGCCGUCUCGCUCGACGUUGUCCACCGGUGGACCUUUCCGCUGGUGCCGGACUCGAACUUUAUGAACUCGUCGCUCUAUCGCCACGCCCGCCACAACGUCUAUCGCGAGCAGGGUGUCACUCUCGCCCGCUCGUCAGUUGUCGGCGGCGACACGGUCAUCGGCCGUGGAACGUGCAUUGCCGAAGGCGCGUCGGUCGAGGGCUGCAUCAUCGGCCGCAACUGCGUCAUUGGCAAGGGCGUCAAGCUCGUCGGCUGCUACAUCUGGGACUCGGUUACCAUCGAAGCCGAUGUCACGGUCGAGUCAUCCAUCAUUGCCUCGGGCGCUGUCCUCCGCGCCGGUGCCGUCGUCUCGCCCGGCUCGAUCGUCUCGUACAAUGUUGUCAUCGGCGCCGGUCACGUUGUUCCGCCGUCGACCAAGAUCACCACCGCCGCGCCGUCGUCGUCGUUUGACGACGCCUCGUCGUUUGCCUCGGACUCGGGCGAGCUCGCCUCGUCACCGCUCGCCUCUUCGCCGCACGCCGCCGCUUUUCUCGCCCGCUCCUCACCGUCGCGCGCCUCGGCUGUGCCCAGCAGCCUGCACGCCGACGUCGGCGCCGGCGGCGUCGGCCGCGUGUACGACGACCCGUGCCAGGACUCGUCGCUUGUCCUCCGCCGCCACAUCGCCACCGUCCACGACCUUGACGACGAGAGCGACUCGGAGUCGACCGCAUCCGACGACUCGCUCGACGACGGCAACUACGACCCGCAUUCGCACUUUAUGCGCGAGAUGGUAGCGACCAUGGACCGCGGCGCGACUGAAAACCACGAAGUUGAGAAUGUCGCUGUCGAGAUUGCCUCGCUCAAGCUCGCUUUUGACCGUACCGUCGCUGACGUCUCCACCGCCAUCCUUGUCUGGCUGCUCGGCGCUGUCGACGCCAAGGAUCCAAUCAACUCGACCAAGGCCAUGCUCGGCAAGUGGAGCCCGCUGUUGCGCAAGUUUCAGGGCGAUCUCUCGCGCGACGACGAGACCGAUCUCUGCAUCUCGUUCCAGGACUACGCCAUGGCCCACCCCGAGUUUAUGGCCGUCUCGCACAUCCCGCUCCAGCUCCUCUACGAAGACGACAUCCUCUCGCGCAACGCCAUCCUCGCCUGGGCCGACCUGGUCAAGGAGGAGGGCGACGACGUUGCCAUUCUCGACCACGCCGACCGCUUCCUCACCUGGCUUCGCGAGAACAACGACGAGUACGAGUACGACUCGUACGAGGAGUACGAGUAAGAGUAACACAACCGUGGUGGUGCAA